UUGAGUGAAAUAUAGAAUCACUUUGGGAUCUGACACACAGCAGCUCAGACUGCCCUGGUCCAUUAAUUUGCAAUGGCUGGAAUGUCCUUCAUGCAAUACUUCUCACGAGAAGUUACGCAUGGAUAUUUUUUUGAUGAGAAUGAUUCGAGAUACACUGAAAGAAGGCAAAGAGUCUACACAUUUUUAAAACAGCCGAUUGAAAUUGAAAAGAUGAUGACGUAUGGUUUUUUCCUGUGCCUUGAUGUUUUCUUGUACAUGUUCACUCUACUUCCUCUUAGAAUUGGGUUGGCAUUUUUUCAACUUAUUGGUGCUGUGUUUUGCUGUCGGGGAUGGAGCAGGACUGCAGUAUUGGAUCCUGCUCAAAAAUGUGAUAUUUUAAAAGCUCUCAUAUUCGUUAUCACUGUAUAUAUGAUGUCUUAUAUCGACACUUCGUUUAUCUACCAUCUUGUUCGAGCACAAACACUGAUCAAAUUAUAUAUUAUUUAUAAUAUGUUGGAGGUGGCAGAUCGUCUAUUUUCAUCAUUUGGGCAAGAUAUAUUAGAUGCUUUGUUCUGGACAGCCACAGAAGCACAAAGAGAUAACUUCUUCCGAAUUUUACUUCACAUUGCACUUGCUGUUAUCUAUGUCUUCUGCCACGCCGUAUUGGUUCUUUUUGAGGCAACAACAAUCAAUUGUGCCUUUAAUUCACACAACAAAGUUUUGUUAACUGUUAUGAUGGCUAAUAACUUUGUGGAAAUCAAAGGAACAGUCUUCAAAAAAUAUGAUAAAAACAAUCUUUUUCAGAUUUCCUGUUCUGAUGUAAGGGAAAGAUUUCAUUAUUAUGCGCUACUAUUUGUGGUAUUAUUGCGGAAUAUGCAACAAUAUUCAUGGAGCUCUGAUCACCUGGCUGAAAUACUGCCUCAUAUGGCCACUGUUAUAUUUUCAGAAUAUCUUGUUGACUGGUUCAAACAUGCUUUCGUUUUGAAGUUCAAUCACAUCCCCAUCGAAUCAUACAAUGAAUAUAAAACAACAUUAGCCUAUGAUCUAAUCAGCAGUCGACAACAUGAUUCAAUAUCAGAUCACUGUGAUGUUCUCAGUCGUAGAAUGGGAUUCAUCCCACUUCCUCUUGCUGUGUUGUUGUUUCACAUUACUCGAAUUUCUGUUGAUUUUCGUGGAAGUGCUGGAGUUAUCGUUAUUGCAAUGGGAGUGUUAAUCCUGAACCUUAUCAAAAUUUUAAACAAUAUAAUCUUGAUGGGGAAAGCAUCUAAAUAUAUUAGUGAAGAUCUAGCAAUAGCUCGGAAAAUGGAUUCUGAAGUCUCUGUGGUUGAUCCCUUCGAGCAGCGAGGAGGCAAAACCAUACUUGUGGAACGCUCAAAAAGACCAAAACCAACUGCUUCAGUUCCUGCUACAACAGCUGGGACCAUCGUCAAAAAGUCUUCAGAUGGACUUGCUUUGCCAAAAGAAAGCAAAUCCAUCACUGAUAUUGCUGUACCUGUAAAUUCAACAUAUGAAGGAAAUGGAAACAUGCAGGUCAAACCUUUAGGUUAUGGUGACGUCUACACAAAUUCAGAUGAUGAGUAUACUCUCAGAAGAAGGCAUACGACACAUGGUGAAGGUGAUGUGGAAAACACAAGAUCAAUGACUCCAAAUUUUGAACCAUCUGUGGCAGUUGUCGACAGGCAGGUUGAGUCACUCCAAGACCCAAUUUAUCAGCAGAGUCCUGUCAUUACAACACCUGCAAAAGAAAGGUCCAUGAGGCCACCAUCUAUAGACAUGACAAUGAUAAGUAGCGCUGCCUCACUUACAAAUUUGACAUCAUUGGAUUGUGAAGACAGUCCCACAAUACCAAAUAAUAAUAUGACUAGAAAUUCGAGCGCAUCGUCAGAUUCACGUUCAAUUUCCCCACAAUCAUCUUUUAACAUAGAUUCUGAAACAAUAGCUGAAGACACAAUUUUAAGUUCAAGGACUUUGUCUGGUACUGAUGACACAGAAGUCAACUAAAGAUUUUUUUCUUCACGUUUUUAAUCUUUUUUUUCUUAAUGUCACUGAUAGAGUAUAGAGUUCUUCUAUUGUUAUAUAGGAUACUUGUUACAAAGCUGUGCUUUAUAUAUAUAUAU